AUGACAAAUUUAAUUGAACAAAAAAAUAUAUACAAAUCACCAUGUGAUGAAUUAUCUAAGACAAAACAACGAGGACUUGGACCUGAAUUUAUCUAUCCGUUUAUUGUACUUUUCUUUGCUACUAUUCUUCGAAAAUUGCUCAGACAUUAUCAUAUUUCACUUCCAUAUACAGUUAUAUUAAUGCUUGUUGGUGCUGUUCUUGGUGGUUUUUAUCAAUAUGAACUUAUCAAACGAUUUACAUUUAUUGCUGAUUUAACACCUGUUCAAAUUCUUUCCAUAUUUUUACCUAUAUUAAUAUUUGAAAGUGCAUUUUCAUGUGAUCCACAUAUUUUUAUCAAAUGUCUCGGACAAAUUCUUACAUUAGCUAUAUUAGGUUUCUUUCUCUCUGUGGCACUUACUACAUUAGCUGUUAUGUAUUGGUAUGAAAAUGAAUAUACAACUGAUGUACAAACAUGUUGGACAUGGGAUCAAGCUGUUUUAUAUUCAGCAGUUGUUUCAGCAACUGAUCCUGUUUCUGUUGUUAGUUUACUUAAAUCAAUGACAUCAUUAAAAACUUUAUCAACUAUAAUUGAAGGUGAAUCUUUACUUAAUGAUGCAGCAGCUAUAACUAUAUAUACAUUAGUAAAAAAUUUAAUUUAUGAAGCAUUUAAAUCUGAUAAAAAUCUUUUACAACAAACUCGAGCUACUCUUUUAGGUAUCAAUGCUGAACGAUGUGCUAAUGCUAUACGAUUUCUUAUAAAACGUAAAAUAACUACUAUUUAUCUUCUUAAAUUUGUAUUAAAAACUAUUGCAACAGCUGUUGUAAUCGGUUAUGUAAUGGCUCAUAUAACAAUAUUUGCUUUAUAUCGUAUGGAAGCUGGUGAAUUCGAAACAUGUAUAACAAUUACAAUGUCUUAUUUUGUUUAUUUAACAUGUGAAGCUAUUGAAGCAUCAGGUGUUAUUGGUGUUGUACUACUUGGUUUAACAUUAAAUAUGAAUCGUUCAUGUUUUAGUGUUUCAGCUAUUAAUAUAUCGAAACAAACAUGGGAAUUACUUGCUUAUAUAGCUAAUUCACUUAUAUUUAUAACUGUUGGUGUUAUUUUACUUAAAACAUAUAGUGAAAGUCAUAAAAUGUUAUCAUUACUUAGUUCAAUUCCUCAAUUAUUAUUAAUUUAUAUUAUAUUAAUACUUGUUCGUGCUAUAAUGAUACUUUGUAUACAUUUUAUAUUAAAACAUAUUGCAUAUGGUUUUACAUGGAAAGAUUCUAUUGUUACAAUUUGGUCUGGUUUACGUGGUGGUGUAAGUCUUGUUCUUGCAUUAACACUUUUUAAUAGUAAAAUUAAAGAUCAAUAUCAAGCAGAAAUAAUGCUUAUUCAUACAACAGCUAUUGUUUUUCUUACAUGUACAGUUAAUGCUUUAACUAUACCAAAUAUAGUGCGUAUAUUACGAUUAGAUCAAACAUCUGAAUUAAUAAAACAAACAAUGAUUCAAAUAAUAAAAGAAUUAAAAAUCAAACAAAAUGAAAUGAUUCGAUAUUUAAAAAAGAAUCCUAUAUUAGCUACAGCUGAUUGGCUUUUUGUACAAAAAGCUAUUGAUAUACAAUCACCAUUUAAUGAUAAAAAAGAAGAUUUAAUUAAAGAAAAUUUAUUUUCAAGACGUCAUAUUGAUCAAAUUAAAUGUGAUCAUUGUCAAGCUCAUGUUACAAUACCUAUAUCAAAAUUUGAAUUUAAACAAACAUUUGAAGAUUGCCGAGUACGAAUUUUAAGGUUAGCUAUACGAUUAUCUAGUAUGACUUUUCAUACUUCAAUUCAAAGCAUGAUUCGAUUAGAUUGUAAGAUUCUUAACAAAAGUAUGAAAACUAAUUUUGAAAAAUACAAUCGACGAGGACUGUUAAUGUAUAUCAGAGUUAUCCAUCGCGGCUCGAAAUCUACCGCUGCCGCGCCGCGACGAAUUUCCAAAAAGGGUGCCGCUGUCGCGAUGGUACUCGAAAAAUAGUUUCGAAUUUCAUUGCUGUGAAUGUAUUGAAAUACAAUUCUUGUCACUAAUCGAUGAGAUUCAGUGAGUCUUAGAGUGUUGCGUCUGUGGACAUUCAAUUUUAGUGCAAAUUCAUGCAGUUUUUGCAAUGUCUUCCAGAAUUAAGGUGCCGCCGCCGCGCCGCGAUGCUUUUUCAAAAAAUCUUGCUGCUGCCACGCCGCUAACCGCUACUGCGGCAGUGUCGCGAUGGACAUCUCUG